GCUCGGGGCCGCUAUGAUGAAGCCGAGCCGCUGUACCGGCAGGGACUNNCAGGGCACAUUGUCGACAUAAUGUUGACUCCAUUCGGUGACGAAUGCAAUCUGAAUUUGCAGCCAGACCGCGAAUAUCCGCGAACGCCAGAUGUCUGCCGGGCGAAGCUUGGCGACUCCCACCCGGACACGAUGAGCAGCAUGUACGGCUUGGCCAUCUUGUUGUGGCUUAUGGGCCAAUUGGAGGAGGCAGAGCAGCUCUUUCGCGAAGUGCUCGAGAAGUGCCGGGCGAGGCUUGGCGACUCCCACCCGGACACGAUGAGCAGCAUGUACAACUUGGCCAGCUUGUUGAGGCUUAUGGGCCAAAUGGAGGAGGCAGAGCAGCUGUUCCGCGAAGAGCUCGAGAAGUGUCGGUCUGUCCACGGCGCCCAACACAAGAAGACCAUUGGCAGGACCAGGAAAUUGGCCAAGUUCCUGAAGGACCCGUCCUCGAUUCUCGAGUCGGGCUGA